GGCACACGCUCUCUGACUUUCCUUACCUGCCUAUCUUCUCCUCUGUAAACCUGUAUUUCCUGUCUUAUCUAUAAGAUCCUAAAGAGCCUCUUUCUUAGUCAAGAACUGUCAGUACCGUGUGUGCAGGUGAACAUGGAGGACAGCACAGAAGAUGACAUUGAGUCUCUAAUUGAGGGAAUGGCUUACAUUCCUGGGCACUUUCAUUUGGAUUUACAUCUGAACGGUGAGCCCAACGGACCAGCUACCCUUCGGCACAGAGACACCCAGCUCAAGAGCGAGAGCCUCAGGGCUGAGCUGGAAGCCGAGACAGGGCGACUCCAAUAUGCUGUGCGCAAUAUGCUGGGCCUCCUGGCUUUUCAUAUGAAUGAACUGAAGGUAGCAGAGGAGGCCUUUCGUAGCAUCUGCCAAGAGGAUCCUGAAAACCUCAACGCCUGGGCCAACCUUGGUUUUGUUUAUGAAAGUUUGGGCCGGGAGCUAGAGGAAGGCGAGUGUGUGGACCGUGUGGCUGCCCUCAUGGGCCCAGAGAUGGGGGAGACCCAGAUGGACUGCAGGCUUCGGGCAGCACGGUGCUUGGCCGAGCAGGCAUACGCAUAUCCUCAUGAUGUGGAGCUGGAGGGAGACGAAGUUUUACGGGAGAGGCUGACAACUGCAUUGAUGUUAUACAAUCGUGCACUUGAUUAUGGAGGGGAAUUGACACCGAUAGAAGAAAAAAGAAGUUGGAAUUUCAAAAUGGCAACAAUUUACAUAAGGUUAGAUGCUAUUGUAAGGGAUUCAAAAGACAUUGAAUCCACAAGACUGACCUAUUUCAACAAGGCCAUUAAUCUUCUUACCGAGACUUUAAAAUCUGACAACACACAUCUCAAGGCCCUGGGCUGGUGCUAUAUAGGUCUGAUGCUGGAGCGAAUGGAGGAGUUUUCCACCGUGCCAAUGUCAGUUCAUGACUGUGGUUUCUCCGGAUCGGAUCCUCUGACCUGUUAUGGAUCGGCCAUUAAAAUCGCUGCAGAUGAUGCAUUCGUACUCAACAGGCUAGCCAACGUGUUUUUCCUGUCUGGUAAACUGGAGAUGGCCACGGGUAUCUGUAACAUGGCUUUGAAUGUCCUGCCUGAUGCUGAACUCAACUGGCAAGCCUAUUGCACUCGUGCCAAGCUUGGCAUUACAAUUUAUGCAAAGGAUCUGGAUAAAGCUAAAUGUGGUCAAGGUGGUAUCCCCGACCGUCAGAUUCUAAAAGAGGCCCGCUCUGAUCUUGAACGUGUUUUGGCUGUCCGACCCUGUUUGAGGACUCAUUUGGAGAUGGGUCAGGUCUUCUAUUACAUGGGUGUGGAUGCCCUGCAGGAGAGCCUUUUGGUGGAUGAGAUGGCAAUAAAUCACGCCCUGAUCAGUCUAUCAAAAGCUUUGCAGUGUCCUUUGGGCUCAACGAUCUCAAAACUACAACUCCUACGUGGUCGCUGCCUGUUGGUGAAAGGGGAGGAAAAAAAUGCGAUCGACUGUUUCAGGCAAGCGCUUGAACUGGAAUCACCUAGUGUCCGAGACACAGAGGUCCUGCGCUGUCUGCUACAGGCAAUUCUUGUGAGCUUCACCCAGAGUGGGACGGACACAGGUGAAGCGAUUUCCCAGUUAGAGGAAUGUUUAAAGAAGGCAGAGAAGCGAUAUGGGUCCAGGAUAGUUCAGACUGAGUUAAAGGCACUGUGCCGAGCACACACGGAUGAGGUGACCGAGUUGUCAAAGGAUCUGGUGAGGAAGGGGAGGCUGGAAGUGGUUAAAAGGUUACUGCAGAGCAUACAGCCACAAGAGAAGAAAUUACCAUUGGGCAGGUCCAUAUCAAUAUGAAAAGAAGACUACGGGAUACUGAAAACGACUAUAACAUGGCCACUGUUGUUAUAGAAGUGUAGAUAACAUUACUGUGAUGGGCAAUUGUGUGAUAUGAUUUGUGCAUGUUAAUAUUUUAUCAGACGUUUUGAAGCUACUCAUUUCAAAAUAGAAAUAUCCUUUGUUCAUGCUAUUUGUUAUGGACAACCAUUAUAGAGAACAUUUUAUUUUUAAAUAUGUACAUUUAUAUGUAUGCAAAAUGCAUAUAUUACUGUUGCAUCAUAGAUAAAACAUUCCAAAGAUUUUUUAGCUAUGGCAUUUUUCCUCCAGCACAUGCCAAGAAGCUUAAAGAACCAGUUAAACAGGACGUAAUUGUUUUAAGCUGGAGAUGUAGCGAUCAUUGAAAUUCAUAGAUUUUUAUCCCAUGCUGGACUGACAUGGUAUUGACAUGGUGUGAAUUACAUAAAGUAGGCCUUUCUUU